UGUGUUCAAAUUCAAGCCAAGAACCAAUCUUGUGAACCAGUUUUUUCCUUCUAGGUCAUUCAAAUCUUUGGCAUUCUCUUUCUCACCUCUCAAAGAAAAGAAUGUCUAAUAUUGUUAUUGUUUUCGACUUUGACAAAACCAUCAUCGACUGCGACAGUGAUAACUGGUUGAUCGAAGAGUUAGGUUUCACUGAUUUGUUCAAUCAGCUCCUUCCCACAAUGCCAUGGAAUUCUGUCAUGGACAAAAUGAUGAUGGAAUUUCACUCACAUGGUAUAACCAAUGAAGAUAUUGAAAAGGUUCUUCAUAGGAUUCCAAUUCAUCACAGAAUAAUACCUGCAAUCAAAUCAGCAUAUGCUUUAGGGUGUGAUUUGAGGAUUGUGAGUGAUGCGAAUAUGUUUUACAUUCAAACUAUUUUGAAGCAUUUGGGAAUAAAAGAAUACUUUUCAGACAUUAACAGUAAUCCAGGUUAUGUUAAUCAACAAGGAAGGGUUAGAAUUUCACCUUAUCAUGACUUCAACAAAAAUUCACAUGGUUGUACUAAUCCAUGCCCUCCAAACAUGUGUAAGGGUUUAAUCAUUGAUAGAAUUCAAAACACAGUUAGUGAAUUGGAUAACAAGAGGUUCAUCUACCUUGGUGAUGGUGCUGGUGAUUACUGUCCUAGCUUGAGACUUAGAGAAAGAGACUUUGUGAUGCCAAGGAAGAAUUUCCCAGUUUGGGAUUUGAUAUGCAAAGAUCCUUCACUUGUCAAAGCUGAAAUCCAUGGUUGGUGUGAUGGAGAAGAGCUUGAACAAGUUUUGAUGAAGUUGAUCAACAAAAUUAUGAUGGAUGAGCAUGCUCAAAUCAUUGCAUGUGAUUGCAAGCUACAAACUCUAUCCACUCCAGUGCUUGAGUCUUUUCCGAAAGCUCUCAGAGUUCAGCCAUAAUUCUUAGGUUACUAGUUAUACUAUAUAUUGCAAAUGUAUUAUAAGUUAUUAAUAGGUUUUUUCAUGUGUCCUUAAAUUUGCCCAAAAAGGAAAUUAUUAUGGUUGUCUGGUGAUACGAUAGAAUAAAUGUACUAUUGCUUAUUUAUUUCAA